UUCUCCUGUGUUUCAUGUGACGUUGGUUGUUUGCAAUACUGCUGCGUUGGAAGCUUCCUCUACGGAUACACGCUGUAAAGACUUGGAAAAGUGCCCCCACCGGAGCACGUUGUUGCGCGCCGAGCCGCAAUGGUGAACUGCGCCGUCUACGGUUGUUCCAACCGGUCAAAAAACAAACCCAACGACGAGAACUUUCAACCGCUGGGAUUCUAUGUCGUGCCCAAAGUCAAAGAAGGACAGUGUCUUAGGACAGCUGAGCUGUCUUCAAGGCGCAGAGCUCUGUGGCUGAGCAGAAUUCGACGCAAAGACCUGGACGAAUUGGCGACGCAUUACCGAGUUUGCGGGGCGCAUUUCAUCACAGGACGACCAGCUUAUUUGAUGGAUGAGGCUAAUCCCGACUGGGCGCCGAGCCUCAAUCUCGGCUACAAGUCUACGACGCACGCUGGAAGAAGCGCAAGCGACAGGUAUAUGCGACUCAAGCAACGAAGGCGCGCGAGUUCUGCAGCCAACGCCUUCGAAUUAAGGCAGCGACCGGAGAGCGCGAGCACGAACGCGGCGCCCAUCGCUGCAGGAACGGCGGCUGAGGAGAUUUCUUUCUGUGACGAAGAAUCCCCCUCAUCAGAACGAACUGCAAUGCAACGCCUUGUAGGCCAUGCAUCUCCCGAGGAGCCUUCAUGCUUGGAAUGUCCAGUUCUACAAGAUGUAGCCACAGCUCAGUGCCACCUGCAAGCGGAUCUGCAGAAUAACCAAGCUUCUGCAUGCAAGUAUCGCACAGUUUUGUUUCUAGGGCUUGCAAAUCUUGUCUUCCUGCAUGUCCUUCUGAUUUUGGCCGAAGCGGUGUGAGCAGACGUAAAGUCUUUAAUGUACUUGAUUAAAACACAAUCCUUUAAGCUGGAAAUGUUUCAAAUAUUUAACAAAAAUUAUAUUGUUGGUGUGGAAAAAAGACAGGGAAUGCGGGAGAUGGAAAUUCAACACGAUGAACAAAACAGGA